AUGGAUGAAAAGAGAAAACUUCAAGUUCGGAGAUCUGUUUCUGAUAUCAAGAUAGUUAAGAGAUCUUCAUCAAGAGCUAAGGUCGAGAGAUUUGAGAAGCCUAGUUUGGGAAACACCCCCAUCGUUGUCGAUGUCCCUCAUGGGACAACGAUUGAAGUUGUCAUCUUUAGGGAUACAAAUUGGGAAGACAUUCAGAAGAUGAGGACAAUUGACUAUGUUUGUCCAAUAUUGGCUGCAGGAUGUGGGAGUAGAAGAAUGAUUCAGACAAAACUUAUGAUAUGUGGCCUACAUGCUUGCAAAGAACCCGAAUCUAUUAUUGUAAGCGGUGACGAUAGCUAUGGAAGGGUAAAAAAAUAUUGGGCAAUCGACAGUGGUAGCGCAGUUUCUAUGGAGAUCUGGAAAAAGGCUUAUUCAUUAAAUGGAGUGAUACACAAGAGUAUUGCCUAUGCAAAUGCCUAUAACGCUAUCUGUUACGCUGCUUCUCUGGACGGGGCGACUGGUGGCCGUAUUUUAAGUAGGUAUGUGGAUAGAUAUCAGGUUCAGUAG